AUGUUGGGGGAUAUAAUUGAUUCUUUCACCAUAGAUUUUUCAGAGUUUCAGCCUCAAGACUUCAAAUCUUGGGUCAAGGUUAUUGGAGAAAUUUCAUAUGAACUCAUUCUUUAUACAAUUAACGUACUCGCCAGCUGUUAUUUCAUCAGACAAUAUAUUCCAAUCCGUUCUAAGAUAGUAUCAUUCGUUCUUUCACUAUUUUUCUCUACAAUGCAUCUUAACUUGCAAGCAGUGUUGUCAAAUCUCCAUCUUCCUGUUCUUGAACAGCAAGAUUUUAUCAUUUUAUUCCUUCCUAUCUGGAUACUCUUCAAUUUCACACCAUUCGACAUCAUAUUCAAGAUUUUCCGUCUCUUCAGACCAAUAUUAGGCUUCUUCGGAGGCUACGUAAUUGGUCAAGCGGUUGUUAAUUUUACAGACACAGCAGAUAGCAAAUAUCCGGCCGAUUUCUUCUUGAUUUCCAUUACAGUUAUUGGAUGCAGCAUGGCUCAGUACUUCCUCGUCCUUCUUUACUUCAAAGCAACAAAACCAAAGGAAGCGAAGUGCUUCAACAUCUUUAUCAUCCUCUUUGAGGUAUUUGUCGCCUUCAAUGCUUACUACUGGCUCACAGAUUUAGGCCAUAUCAGCAAUACUCUUUGGUUUGAUAAGAAAGAUGUUAAAUUCUGCGUCCAAAUUGCUGUUGGCGUUCUCGAAUUCUUCAGAUACUUAAUACCAGAGUUUGUUUACGUAGCAAUUUACAAAUUCUUUGAAAGUAUUGUUGCAUUCUUUAUCCCUUAUUAUGGAAACACAUGGGUCCCAUCAGAGUAA